UGACUGUACAAGCAUCAAGUGCAACUCUGGUUGCCAUGACAGCAGACCGCUACCGCGUCAUCCUGCACCCAAUCCACUCCCUCCAUUCGCGGACAGUAACCCGAGCCAAUGUCAUCAACUUCGUUAUAUGGAUAGCGUCCUUUAUUCUCCACAUACCCGCCAUGCUCCUGAUGGAGGUUCACAGCGGUCCCGUCCAGGGCGACAAGUUCUGCGGUGCGCGUGGCUUCAGUACCGGCAGCCAAGGUAACCAACAAAAGUGGCUCUACGCUUAUCGUGCCUACCAAGUCUACGCUAAGUUGAUCCUCUAUAUCCUCCCCUUCGUGGUGAUGUCUUACUGUUACCUCCGCAUCCUGCGAACAGUCUGGAGCAGCUUCUACCUGGCGAGCAUGGCGUCGGAAGCACAGCGGAAGAAGCGAUGGAAAGUGACGAGGAUGACGCUCCUGGUCGUCAUCCUUUUUGGCGUCUGUUGGGGGCCCAUCCAUGCCAUCAACCUCGCGACGUCGUUCCAGAUCGACGGCGAGGCCAUGCAGAGCGUCCACCUCAUGCAUUUUACCUUCUUCUCUCUCUGCUUGGCCUAUUCCAAUUCGGCACUAAACCCGUUCCUCUAUGCGUUCAGCGGGAGAAGCUACCGCGAGAUGCUCCUCUACUCGUUCCAGUCUCGAAAGACAAGGCGGAAGUGUUCGAGUGCGUUCACACGAGGGACUCGGCUAUACUCGCCGCAGCAAUCCCUAAACUCAGUAGAACCUAAUAAUUCAAGGGUCAACAUAAGACCUAUUCUCAUCAGGAAGACAUUUCAGACGCUGCAAACGAACUCAUUAUGAACAUUGAUUCACCCUAAAGAUAAGAAAUGUUUUUAAAAUGAUCGUUCCCAAGGGUAUAUAUAUAUUUUUGAAUAUUCAUCUAUGCGAAACGUCGGUGUGAUUUAUUGAUGAAUGAAAGUUUACUUUUAAGGCACAUUAUUUUGUAUCUUUAUUAUUUCAAAAUUCCAAAGAAAUCUUGCGUGUUUUGUCAACAGCUUUGAUAUUUAUUCGCCAUCUAUCAAGAAUUAUUUUCUGGGAAUUAUUAUGUAUGCCUUUCCUUAAGCUCAAUAAGCAAUUAUUGCAAGAGCGAAGAGCGGGCUGAAUCUUUUUUUAGAUCUAGUCCUAGGAGCGGGACACUCUAUUCACUUUCGUAAUCAUUAAAAGGAUGGAUAUCUUCCUGAAUAGAUGAUGCGAGCGCGAAACACGAGCUGAACAUUUUGAUAUUCUGGUCUGAAAACUGAGUACGUUUUUUAAAUACAGAACAAGCUGUGUAUCUCAAUUGAUAAUUACUGCGAGCAUGAAGCCAGGGUUGAACUUUUUUGAUAUACUGACUCGAAAGUGAACAUGUUGACCACUGUUUAACAUGUAUAGGGCCUAGACUGAAAAUGGUGAAGAGCGUAGUAGAUGUCACUAUAAAUGAUGCGAGCGCAAAGAGCGCACUGAUUAUCAUUUGCGAAAUAGGGACUAGAUCACAAACUUUGUAAUCAUGAACAUAAUGCGUAUCUUUUGAAUAAUUAUUGCGAAUGGAGAGCGAUAAAAUAUUUGAUAUACGAUUAUAUGCCUACUGAACUGAAAGGGGGGGGCACUUGGAGGACUGUUUGUGGGAAUUAAUAGAGAGGAUACCGCUUAUUGUUAAAUUGUUGAUAUCACAAUUUUUGUAAUCAUGAAUAGAAUGCGUAUCUCGCUGAACCUAAAUACUGAUAACUCGAAUAGCGGGCAGAAUAAUUUGUGCAUAUUGACUAGAAAACAUCAUAUUUUGAGCCCCUUCUUAUCCUCUUGAGAAGAUAAUUAUAUCACUCAAGGUAUAUGCGAGCGCGAAGCGCGAGCGAAAUCUUUAACUGUAACUAAUUACCGAACAUAUCUUCUUACUUAUUCCCCUCUCAUUGUUUCAUUCGCUUUUCUUCCAACUCUUUUCCCUUUUAUUCCUUUUCCCCUCUCCUUCUCCCCCCCCCCCUUUCUGCAGCGCCAAUACGGGGCCUCAGCAGCGCCUCGCCCCUGAUUCCGCCAAUGAUAUUUCUUAAACUUAUUUUUUUUUAAAGAAAAUCAGAGAGAUUAUUCGUGUUCAGGAUGCUAUUUAUUCGUCAAUGGCGUUCCUUAGGUAAUGGCAUGAAGGGGCACGAACGAAAAUUGUGAAUCACUUAUUGGAGCGCGCUCAAUAAGCCAGUUCACGGUUAGCUCAUGAUCAACUUUUCUCAAAUGACCUUUGUGAUUUUUCAUUAGGAUAAGCACUAUCAUUUUCAAAUAUAGAUGUUGCGUAAGCUUUACCGGUAGAGUAUUCAAAUUCUAAGAACAAAAUGCAUUGUAUAGACCAGGUGACUAGAAUAGUACAUCAGGGAUAAAGUUUGGAAAUCUGUUUUAUUGUCUGCCUUUGGCACAUUUGACUAUUGUUAAGGCUACUGUCAAAUACCAGUGAUUAUGAAGGCUCUAUUUAUUACUCUUCAGCUUGGAUGUGAUAAAUAUUUUGAAAGGAAACAUGAAUAAUCAUCAAAUCACAAAUGCCUAUGUCAGUGAUUUUGAAAGCCACCUUCAUUGUUGUCUCCAAUGACCUUUUUCUGCUCGUGCGCAGUUUACAACCGUGAACAGGCUUAUAGCCAUGUACUCUGACCUGAAAAGAAACAUUUUAACUGUUUAAUUACUGUUUUAGGAAUUCAUGAAGCGCAUUAUGUGCUGCACUCGACCCAGGUGAGGUGAAUGGUUACCCGGUAGGAUUUAUUUGUAGGAUUUAUUCCUUGAACGCCUUCGCGCAUAUAAAUAUGGCGGCUCAUACAGCCGGGGUAAUAAAAAUUUAAUGAUACCAAUUAUCAAAGCGCUGUUGGGUAUACGAACAUAGUAACUACGCUAUAUAAAUGGACAUUUUAUUAUUAUUACUUUUCACUCAUCAAAAUCAUGCAUGGGCGAAGCAAGAUCAGAUUUUUUUUUGGUUCAGUAUCUAAUUAAUAAUAGUAAUGAUGCGAACGCGAGCUGAUUUUUUUUCUUCAGAUUUAGACCUAAAAAAGGGAAAAUUUUAAGCAUCAUAAUCAUUAUUCACUGCCAUUUAACAGACAUCUCAUUUUAUCUUAUGAUAAUGUAUUUGCAAGGGCGUUGACUGGGUGCACACGCACCCUCCCGCUGAGGCAGAGGAGUUCCGACACUGGCAAGCAAAAUGAAAUGUGUACCCAUUCUUCUGCUUUCUUCAGCUGAUUCCAUACUUUAGUUCCACAUCUCUACGAUGUGCACCCCCUCCAUACCACUUUAUUUCCACCUCCCCAUACUCAAACCAGCCUUGAUUCACAUUAUUUUUAAUAUAUAUUUUUUUUGUUAAUUUUAUUUUCUUUUUUUUCUUUUUAAAUGGAGAUGUGAUAUGAGUAAUUUCGGAAGGAUAUUUAAAUCGGGUACGAUGUACAUAUAAAGAGACUUUAUUGUAGAGAUAUUUCACACUUGUUGUAAACAAUAGAUGGGCACAAUUAUUAUAUCGAAUUUUAUACUUAUUUUGUUCUAUUCUUGACCGUAUUAUACUGUUUGAUAUCAUUAAUGAUUGUCAUCUCUCUGUCUGACUGUCUGUCGUAUUAAUAUUUUAAUUGCAUUACAAUUGUACUGAAUAAAGUUUGUCUUGACAU